AUGGAAGAUUUAUUGCAAAAUCCAAGUGUUGUUGUGGUUCGGGCAAAGCCUGAAGGACAGAGAAAAACGUUUAAACCUACAAUACGCUCUGUGAAUAAAAUUCCCGAAGAAUUACUUAAUGAUCCACUACUUAACAGCGCGUGUGAAUCCCUGCCACAAAAUUAUAAUUUUGAGAUCCACAAAACAAUAUGGAGGAUACGAACUCUGGGUGCAAAGAGAGUAGCCCUUCAAUUACCUGAAGGUUUAACAAUGUUUGCCACAACUCUUUGUGAUAUAAUUGAAACAUUUACUGAGGCUGACACAGUUAUAAUGGGUGAUGUGACGUAUGGUGCCUGCUGUAUUGACGAUUUUACUGCACGAGCUCUUUGUGUGGAUUUGCUUGUGCAUUAUGGACAUUCUUGCCUUAUACCCAUAGAUCAAACAAGUGAUAUUAAAGUUCUUUAUAUAUUUGUGGAUAUUAAAAUUGAUCCAUCGCAUUUUUUAGAGACUAUUAAAGUGAACUUUCCAAAGAAAACACAUAUAGCAAUAGUUAGUACUAUUCAAUUUGUUACAACAUUACAUUCAGUAGCAAAAAAUCUUCGUAGCGAAGAUUAUGUAGUAACAGUUCCUCAGUGCAAACCUUUGUCGCCUGGUGAAAUUUUAGGUUGCACUGCACCUAAACUAAACUGUGAUGUAGUUGUGUACUUAGGUGAUGGUAGAUUUCAUUUAGAAGCAGUAAUGAUAGCUAAUCCUGAUAUACCAGCAUAUAAAUAUGAUCCAUAUGAAAAAAAAUUCACAUCAGAAGUGUAUGAGCAUAAGUUAAUGCAAAUCAACAGACAUAAUCAGCUGAAAACAGCUAAAGAGGCGAGUAAAUUUGGACUAAUAUUAGGCACAUUGGGAAGACAAGGCAGUACAAAGGUGUUGGGUAACCUUGAGAAACAAAUACAAAAUUCGGAAAAGAAGUAUGUAAAAAUACUAUUGUCAGAAAUAUUCCCUAGUAAACUUUCAAUGUUUGAUUUGGAUGCAUUUGUCCAAGUGGCCUGUCCAAGAUUGUCUAUAGACUGGGGAACGGCUUUUCCAAAACCUCUACUUACUCCAUAUGAAUUUUCUGUUGCUUUAGGUAACUCUAAAUGGUUGAAAGAAGAUGGUACAUAUCCAAUGGACUUUUAUUCAAAUGACAGCCUAGGACCUUGGACACCAAAUUACAAGCCAGUAUAUUGUUCAGGCACAGAUAAAAAAUGUGAAAAUUGUUGUGGUAAAGAAAAAUAA